UUUAUAAUUACUAAUGAGAAUGCUGAAAAAGUGGAGAUCUGGACAUCUUAUAAUGAUGUAUCAAAAGAAAUCAAUAUUGUGCGAAUGGAUUCAAUUUCUAAUAUUAAAAAUUCAUUUCCAGAGAUAAUACCUGCACACAGAAUUAGUUUAGAGUAA